AUGCUCACUGACCAAAAAGGGCAAACGGUUCUACAUGCAGUUGUUAUCAGUGGACAAGUAAAUGCUGUCAAGUACAUAACAGGGACGCCAAACCUGGAGGAUCUUGUCAACAAACAAGAUACUGAUGGAAACACGGCUCUACAUUUGGCUGCGCUUCAUAAACAAUACAACAUCUACAUACUUGCGCGUGAUAAGAGGGUGGACCGUUUGAUUGGCUACCAAGCUGCAAAAGUCUAUCAUGUCUUGAAAGGAUCUCAUGGGAUGCCAUUUUAUCAAGACUGGGUUAGUGAGUAUGUUAAGAAAAGAUUAGACAAGCAAUAUGUUGAAGGUCAACCAGUUGCGUCUAUAAUUACAGAAAGUAAUACAGCCGACCUGAAAAAUUUCGAUUCCUCAGAAAGAAGCAUCAUCGGCCUUCAACUUCUAGUGGCAGUGCUCAUAGCCACAGUCACUUUCGCCGCAGUCUUCACGCUGCCCGGAGGUUAUAACCGGGAUGGACCCGACCAAGGACUGGCGAUUCUUGCUGGCAGGGCAGCUUUCAAAGCCUUUGUGAUAUCUAACGUUACAGCGUUCGGUUUCUCAAUCCUAGCAUUGUUCAUAAAAUUCGAUGCUUGUCUCGUGAGCGAUAGGCUAAGGGUAAGAUAUGCCAAGGUCGCGUCAUAUUGCAUGUACGUUGCCAUACUUGCUAUGGUGAUAGCGUUUUCUACCGGUACGUAUGUUGUAUUGUCCAGGAACACUGAGCUUGGAAUCACUCCUUAUGUGGUGGCCCUAUGUCUCGUGACUAUGUACGUCGUCGGUGGUUUCGUUGACCCUGAAGCUCCAUCCUGGUGGCUAAGUAGCUCUCCCAGACAAAACAUCCGAAACUUAUUGUUUGAUUACGGGAUACUCUAG